UUGUUUCGCCGCGGUCUCGUCCGUUACCGCCGCCGACGACGACGUCGUUUCGUUAAGUAUAUAUUAAUAAUAGUCUCCACGCUGCAGCUCACCGACUCCACGCACCGGAGUUAUUGUUAUUAUCAUUGUCGUCACCGCGCAUAAUUUGUCGUCGUUAUAUUGUUGUGAUAACAAAGUGAAUAAUAUAUAACAAUACGGUGGCGCACGCGACCGACAAACCGCGUCCGGCAGUCGACGACGCCGCAUCUCCGACAUCAGUAUCCGUCUGGUUAUCGGUCCGUUAGCACGCGCUCCCGGUCCGGCGACUCGCCAAUACUGUCGUCAUUGCAUUGCGUCCGCGAGACGGUUAAAUUUUUUUUUUUUUUUGGAAAAAAAAUUCGUUUUAUUUUUCCCACCGGCACACCAUGUCCAGCAGGACGCGUUCGCUGUGAACCGCCGCACGCGGUAGCGUUUAUCAUAUUUUUAUAGUAACUUGUGUGAUAUAUUAUGUGCGUGUAAUAUUGCGCGUGUUUUCGAAUUCGAUUUCGACCCCCCCGCGUCUUACCGUUUUUGCUUUCUUUUGUUUUACCAAUGUGCGGCAACCAUUCAUAAUACGUAAUAUUAAUAUUAAACCGUACCUACUGAUCUCCGGAACGCGCCCACCGCAUCGCACAAACAUCAUUAUAUUAUAGUAUUAUAAUAUAAAAUUGUCUCACAUUUUCGGACGAAACAUUUCCACCCGCCGACAGUAACAGUAUGAAGUGGCUCAGGAGUGACGGAGGACCAAUGUUUUACGGUUAUAGCAACCGUACGCCGGUCACAGGUGAUGUACAAAUGAUUACGACCUGUCUGGUUUUCGGAACGAUUUUCACAGCAUUUCUUAUAAUCUUCCCCGGAGUUCGUAAAGAAAGGUUCACCACCUUCACAACUGUCACCUUGAGUCUGUUCGUCGGAAACGUCAUAUUAUUGUCAAUACUGGGCUCCAGUUGGCAUGUGGCUGAAACAGUGAUCACAAGCGCUUAUCGAGCUCUUUCUAAAGAACUGAUUACUGCGGAACUCGGUGCUUACGUCGGACUAGGUCAUAUCAACAUAACUCUGUGUGCUAUACCAUCUGACAAUUCUUCGAUGCCCUUAGAAGACAUUAGUUUCAACGAACGUUUUUCUUGGCUGGGAGCUCAUGAGAUGGGCGAAAGCUAUCAAGCUGCCUUGUACCGGGGCAUGCCCUUUCCUAUCCUAACCGUAGCUGAAUAUUUUAGUCUGGGCCAAGAAGGGUUUGCUUGGGGAGGUCAAUACAGAGCCGCGGGCUACUACGGGAGUAUAUUUUUAUGGACUGCGUUUGUGUUAUGGUUCCUGAUGAACAUAUUGCUGAUAGUCGUUCCGCGGUACGGAGCGUACACGAUGAUAGGCAUGGGAAGUUUUAUGGUCGGAGCAACAAUCGCCUAUCACUGCAUGCUUCCGUCGUCGCCUCUAGUCAUACGUUUUCAGGACGACAAGUUUUUACUGUUCAGGCUGGGCUGGUGUUUCUGGCUAACACUGUUCACUGGUCUGUUGUGCAUUUCUGUUGGGUUAAUAAUCGUGGCCAUUGACUGCGUGUACCCGCACAAAUUCUCCACCAUUCUCGAAGUGGACUUCGACACGCCGUAUGACCGACACAUCAUCAUCGAAGAUAGCAUACACCGAAAAAAACGCGUCGGCAACAAGAGUCUGGAAGAACCCGAGGGCCUUGGUCGCAGAAUAUUAAGGCGACUUUCGUCCAAGAAAGAUGAUGACGUCAACAACCACAUGAAACUCGCUGGAACGGACAACCGUGGCUUUGAGUUAGACCCAGCUCCGCCAAAUUCUCCAUGGAGGUUUCCAUACAAUAGGCCCGCAGUCCAGGGAAUUAAGUUCAAUAGGACUAUAUCGCAAGACUCGAUGACUAGUCAAACGUCCAAUUUGGCAGUCUCUUUCAACAACCGCGACAAGAGGAGGCUGUCCAUAUUAAAAACGUCUUUGCCUCCCACAAGACCGGCGCCGGGACAAGCAAUAGUGGUUGAUAGAGCCAAAGAAGUAUCCAUGUGGUGAAACUUCAUAAAAUAAUAUAAUUUUAAAUGUGCCAAGCAAAACAAUUUGUGAACAUUUUUUUGAAGUCUGAUCGUAUAG